UCCUUGACCGUUCUGUCCCAAAGUAUUCUCCAUCUUUUUCCUCAGUUUUCUUCUAUCAGAAAUCCCAAUCAUUGUAGUUGAAGAUAAUGAGGUGCUUUAAAUCUUGCUUUGGUAAUUGCAAGCACAAGAAAAUCAUAAAGCCAUGUACUAGAAGUUAUAACAAGAUUAAUAGCAUCUCUCCUAAAACUCUUCAGAAUUUGCUUCGGACACACGAAAAUGGUGAAGCAUCUGUAGCCAUUAUUAAUGCUACAAAAGAAGAAGCUCAGCUCGAGGAUGCUACAAACCUCAUUAACCUCAUUCAAGAAUCCAAGAAUAAGGAGGAAGAAGAGGAAGAGUUGAAUAGAAGCAGCAGAAAGAAGGUUACAUUUGAUGAUGUAAAUAUAUCAUCAAUCAUCAAUGAGAGGGGCUUAGCAAACCAAGAAUCUGCAAAUUGCUUAGAGGAGAUAUGCAAAAAGGAAAAGGAAAAGGAGAAAGCGAACGUAAAAGAAGAAGAAGAAGAAGAAGAAGAAGGGAACACGUUUCCUCCAAGUCAUAGAUAUCAUUGCUGCAGAAACAGUGAUGACGAAUUUGAAGCUAUUGAUUUAAACGAUAGUAGUGAUGUGGAAGAUGACGACGCCAACAAUAAUAAUGAAAUAAAUGACGAUGAAAUUGAAUUUUCUGAAAAUGCAGCAAUGAUUCAACAAGAACAGUCUUCCGAGUCAUCUUUAUUUUCGCUCUCCAUAGACUCUAGGAAAAGAAAUCCGACGCCAGAAAUGGGUGAAAAGGAGGUCAAUAGUCCAUUGAAACUUAGUACACAAUCCAUCAAUUUUAGUGCUAAAGAUCGGAGUCAAUUAUCAGUGUUGAAUCCAAUUCAAGAGAAGGAGAAUAUCAACAUUCUGAAUCUUCCUAACUUUAGAAUUAGUACUACUUGUUGUGUACAACAAGAGCCUAGUUUGAAGCAGUCAACAAAACAAACAAAGCGCCAGGAGGAGAAUCAAAUCACAGUAGAUACUAGCCUUUCGAGCUGGUUAAUUGAAUCACAAGACGAGGAUACACCAAAUUCCAAAAACAAUGUUGGUGAUUUGGUUGGCAAUUAUUCAUCUUCAGAGAGGACCAAGUCUCGGGUACGAGUUGAAGAUAGACCAAUUUUAGGAGAGUUGACAGUAGCUGAACUCAAACAUAUAGCUAAUUCAUCUUCUCCAAGACGAUUACCGACCCGUAGUCCAGAUGAAAAGAAGCCAAUUAUAAUAGGGACUGUGGGGAGUUAUUUGAGACAUACAGGGCAGGAGGCUACAGAUUCAGAUUCUGCUUCAUCUUGCAAAGGCAUUUCAUCGAACAAGACAUAUGCGCUCCUAAGAAAGGAUAGAAACAACAGCAGCCAUUCUACACCAUUUCAGGUCAGGUUAGAGAGAGCACUAGAUAGUGGUUUGGCUCGAGCUUAACCAUAUAAGGUCUAUCGGAAACAAUCUCUUUAUAGAGUAAGAUAUGCGUACACAUUACUCUCUUCAGACUCUGCUUGUGAGAUUACACUGAAUAUUUGUUAAAAGGGAUCAGUAAGCACAAUGUCUCAUCGUUCGACAGAAAAAAGUUGUGCCCCUUUUGUGUAAUUAGUAUGAAUUGCAUUUUGUUGGACGUGCCAGAAUUUGUUAGGAGCGUGUAUUCUUCAGAAUUUGUCGUGCCAGUGAAAUGUGUGUGUAUGUUCAAGCGAUUUGAUAGUGUAAAAAUAUUCAUGA